CAAACACUCCCUGCUGGCCCUUCUCCUCCACCAAGAAGUCUUGGGAGAGAGUUCUGUCAGCCAUUGGUCAAACUAGAGCUAUUGGUGAUUGGCGAGAAGAGUUUGAAUGGUCAAUGUACCAGCUAGAUUUGAGAUUAAUUAUAAGUGAAAUGUAUGCAUUAUUGCAUAGCUUUGUCGUGGAAUAUGAUGUGUUAGGCAUUUCUUUUCUUCUCCCAUCAGCUAGUAAGAGAAUCACACACUCCCUGCUUGCCUUUCUCCUCCCACCAGCUAGUUUCCAUUGGUUGCAAAGCUAAGCUUUCCUUGCUCCAUUUCCUCUCUGGUUUCCUAACUUCUUUUUCAUUUCUGCUAGCCCUUCAGUUUGUCUCUUCCUAGCUAGCUAGUUGUUAAUUUGCUCAUCCCCUUGUUCAUUUCUUGCAGCACCACCCAAAAAAAAAAAAAAAAAGAAGUUGCUUAUCCCCUUUUCUAGUUAGCAUUCUGAACUUGUUUUGCUAAACCCAGAAAAAGAAAAAAAAAAAAGACGCAUGGCUACUGAUUUUCUCUUGAAUCUGGCAUCCGGGGUCAUUGGGUACACAGUCGGCCCGAUUGCUCGUCAAGUCGGAUAUGCAUUGCUGUCUGAGAGCUACAUGAACGACCUGCAAGAUAAAGCUCACCGGAUCGGUGAUACUGAACAAGAGAUCCAACAUAACAUUGAAGAGGCUCGCACGACCGAGGCGGGGAACUUGGUCGAGCGCAAGGUCUUGAGGUGGUCCGCAACAGCAGCCGAGCUCAAGCGGGAGGCGGAGAAGCUGAUUGAACGGAAGAAGAAAGCUGCUGGUUGCUGUGGGUGUGUUGCCAAUCCGAUGACCCGCUACAAGUUCGGUCGGAAGGCAAAGCGCACGGCGCUUGCCAUUCAAGAUCAUCUUGCAACUGAUGCGAGCAGCUUCGGAAGAAUUACUUACCGCCCCUCACAGCAAGAAGGCAUUACCCCCGCAUCGUCCUCUCAAAGCAUCGUUCAUCUCCAGUCAAGGGAUUCAAUGUUACAGGAGAUCAUGCAAGCUUUGGCGGAUGAUACUGUGAGCAGGAUUGGCGUGCAUGGUGUGGGUGGGGUCGGCAAGACCACCCUGUUGUCUCAAGUUGAAAAACAAGCCAGGGCAUCGAAGGAAUACGUCGAAGUUGUGGCAGCACUUGUGUCGCAAAACCCGGAACUGAAGAAAAUCCAGGGGAAGAUCCAUGAGACAAUUGAAAGGGUCCGGAUAAAAGCGCAGCAGGAGAAUGAUAAGAAAAAUGACAAAGAGCAAGAGCCCAAAACGAUGAGGGUGGUCAUAAUUCUAGACGAUCUCUGGAAGAAACUUGACUUGGAGGAGAUAGGAAUUAAGGAGAUGAAAGAUGACAUUAAAGUCAAGUUAGUAAUGACUUCUAGAUAUCGUCACGUGCUUGCUGAUGAAAUGCACUGUCGGCAGGUUUUCCAUCUCGAGAAACUGAAGAAUGAAGAAGCCUUGAAACUGUUCGCAAACACAGCGGGCAACAAACUUAGUGACCCCCUCUUCAAGCACACAGCAGAGGAGCUAGCCAAGAAAUGUGAAGGCUUGCCUCUUCUGAUCGAUGCGCUGGCAAAAGUGUUGCAGAAUAGUGAUUCGCCAAAAGACUGGGAGGAUGCAUUAGAACAGCUCAAAAAUUCUGACAGCGUACACAAAGCCCUGGAGCUGAGUUUCAGGCAUUUAGUCGACAGCCAGGUCAAGUUGCUGUCCAUAAUCUCAGGUGUUGAUGUAAGAGAAGGCAUUUCGGAUGAAGCUUUGCUGAGGUAUGGUGUCGGCUUAGGCCUAUUGGCAGGCAGCACCCACACCAUGGAAGCAGCUAGAGGUAGAAUGCGAGAGUUGCUCGAUGGUCUUCGAGCUACUUCAUUGCUGCUUGAUUGUGGUGAUAACUGUGUCAAGGUUCAUGAUGUGGUUCGGGAAGCCGUCGUUAGCAUUGCUGCCCGAAAUCAAUAUGCUUUGGUGUUGAAGAACAAAAAAGAUCUGGAAGAGUCGGACGUCAAGCUAUGUGAAAGCAAGGAGAUCUUCCUUCCUUAUCCUGAUAUCCGGGAGUUGCCCUGUAUAUGGGAAUGUUCAGAAUUGGAGAUACUUGUCCUGUUUGCACAAGAAGACCGUCUCCUGCAGGUCCCAUAUUUGUUCUUCACAAUAAUGCCAAAACUUAAGGUCUUGCAUUUCGCCCGUGCAUGUUUCAAGCCCUUACCAUCAUCAAUCCGACACCUGAAAAACUUGCAAACGUUAUGUCUUGAAUACUGUGAUCUGGAGGAUGUCAGAUUUGUCAGGGAGCUUAAAAACCUCCAAGUGCUCAGCUUCAUGGGGUCUAAUAUCACUCAACUGCCAAAAGAAGUUGGGGAACUCGCAGCUCUGAGAUCGUUAGACUUGAGCCACUGCUCGAGACUUGAAGUGAUUGAACCGGGCUCACUGGAGGGGCUGGUUCAACUGGAAGAACUAUAUCUGGAAAAGUCCUUUGUUCAGUGGCACAUAAAGGUAGAUGAAAAGCAAUGUAACGCCAGCAUUUCCGAGUUGAACAAGAUGUAUCGUCUGAGCAACCUAGACAUACUCAUUCCUGACGUCGACAUGCUCCGUGAAGACCUGCAAUUUUUCUGGAAACUAGAUAAAUAUAGAGUGCUCAUUGGCGAUAAGUGGAAGUGGUCUGAGAUAUGUAAAGGGCAGCGCACGCUAAUGGUCACGUUGAAAGGCAAUGAUAUCCUCUCUGAAGAGUGGCUCCAGCUGACUUUGCGGAGGACUGAAGAUCUUCAUCUGCAUGGAUCAGAUGGAACCAAGAGAAGCAUCCAUGGGUUGUGUAGAGAAGGCUUCAAGGAAUUGAAGCAUCUUCACGUGGAGCGCAGUCCCUCCACUCAUUACCUUGUCCGCUCAACCAAAUGUGCUGCUGAGAGUGCAUUUAUCGUUCUGGAGUCUCUCUUUCUGGAGAAUUUAUCCAAUUUGGAGAAGAUAUGCCAUGGCCUGCCUGCAAAAGGUUCUUUUGAGAGACUAAAAAUUGUGAGAGUCCAUGGCUGUCAAAAGCUGAAGAAUCUUUUCAGUCUUGCCUUGCUGAGAGACCUUAGAAACCUCGAAGAGAUCGAAGUGAUUGACUGCGGCAUGAUGCAGGAAAUUGUUGUAUCUGAAAGUACGCUAGAGGAUGAUAGAAAAGACAAAGUCGCCAAGGGCUGUCUAGCAAGAAAGGAAAAAUCAACCAAGGAUGAUAAAAUAAAGUUGCAUGGUUUACGCCGUAUAAAAUUGGAGAAAUCGCGUAAACUUACAACUUUCUUCACCAAUACGAAGGCAGGAGGGGGCAAUUUAGCGAAGGAUGAAUCUCGAAAUACAGUUGCUUUCUUCAACAGCCAGCAGGUUUUGCUUCCCUGCUUGGAGUCCCUGGAAUUACUUCAUCUUCCCAAAUUGACAGGGAUAUGGCAGGACCAGCAUUCCGUAGAGUGGAGCAAGCUUAAGUACCUAAGAAUAGAGGCAUGCCGCAACCUCUUGAAGGUUGUUGACUCGAGUAAAUUAAUAAUGAAGCUUGAGAGCUUGGAAUCAUUAUCAAUAAAAGAUUGCAAGUCAAUAGAAGAAGUCUUUGAUUUCCGAGGCGUUGCAAUUGGAACAGUCAACAAGAUUUUGCCCCGUUUACAUGCACUAGAAUUGGAGGAUUUGCCAAGUUUGAGGUGCCUGUGGAACACGACGAGCCCCGAAGAACUUUCAGGAUUUCGAAACUUGGGGUCGUUGAAGGUGGAUGGUUGCUCAGGUUUGAGAUGUCUAUUUACUGCACCCAUGGUUAAAGCUAUGGCAACUCUGAAGGAAUUAGAAGUUUCAAAUUGUGGCAACAUGGAAACGAUUGUUAUGGAGGACAGUGAAGAUGCAUCAAAACGAAGUUGGUUCUCAUCAUCGAAGGUACUGAAGGCAGCAGUUGAAUGUCCUGGCAGCCUCAUGUUCGGCCCCUCAAGUUUUUCGAGCAAGCAUGUAGACGGUGACAAAGUGGAGGGAACAACCAAAAAAGCUAAAGACACGGCAGAGAACAUCAUAGCGUUCCCAUCCUUAAGGAUGUUAAAUAUACAUGAUUGCUACAUCAUGAAGAGUUUCGUCUUAUCAUGCAAGAGGGAGCAAGAAGCCCCCAUGAUGGCUGGUGAUGAUAGCUCAGACUCGAAGUCUAAGGACGACAGCCAUGCCGUCUUCUUCAAUACAAAGGUUCAUCUUCCGAGCUUGGAGGAGCUAUCGCUCGAAGACUUAACUUGUGAAAAGAUAUGGCAUGACAAACUCCCUCAAGGAUCCUUUUGCAAGCUAGGAGAUCUCCGUAUUGGCUGGUUUGGCAAUCUAUCAGUUGUCUUUCCUUCAACUUUCAUAGAAAGAUUGAAGAAUCUGAAAAGCAUCGACGUUAAAUUUUGCAUAUCUCUAAGAAGACUAUUUUGUUGCCAUCUAUCAUCAGUUGUCCUUCCUUCAACUUUUAUAGAAAGAUUGAAGAAUCUGGCAAGUGUUUGCGUGGAAGAUUGCUCAAUUCUAAGAAGACUAUUCGCACCUGUUUCACGGGACUCUGACGAAAAGCUCAAAUGGAUGAGUCUACCUGAACUGAAAGAAGUGGAGUUAUAUUUCCUGCCACGACUGACGCAUGUUGUGGGGGGUGGCUCCCGCUCCCAUAGGGUACUACUGGGAUUUCCAAGUCUAACAACAGUUGAAGCGGGGUAUUGCCAUAGUUUAAUGGAUAUGUUCCCCACUGCCACAGCCACAACACUCUCAAAGCUAGAGGAAGUUUCAAUUCAAGGUUGCGACAGCAUGGAAGAAGUGAUUGCGAAAGAAGAAGAAGAAGAAGAAGAAGAAGGGGAAGGGAUUUACGAACUGACAUUCCCUCGAUUGAGUUCGCUGAAACUUCAUUAUCUGAAGAAUUUGAUCUGUUUCUCUUCUGCGAGUUGUUCAUUUUACUUUCCAUCCUUAGAAGACCUACAUUUGAAGGACUGCCAUAAGAUGGAGGCAUUCAUCUCGCCCAUAGCACAUACUGAAACUGCAGCAUUAUUCUUCAAUGAGAAGGUCAAGCUUCCGAAAUUGGCGAAAUUAGAGAUUGGUCGAAUAGGAUUGAAAGAGUUAUCAUUGCACACUCAGACCCCUCCUGGGUCUUUGCAAAGCUUUAGGCAACCUGUUAUGUUCAGCUUCCCUGAGUUUCAUGGUGGUCCAUCCUUUGCAAUGAAGAGGUUGCAGCGACUGGAGAGGCUGACGUGCUUAGAGAUCUAUGAUUGCCAGCAAAGAAAUCUUUUCACAAGUUCACAAGUGAAAUGCCUGCGGCAUCUCCGGCGUCUCAAGAUAGAAUCGUGUGAUAUUCUGGAAAAUGUCAUUACAAAUGGAGAGGCACUAGCAACCGGGGGCAUUGUCUUUCCUUGCUUAACUAACUUGAAACUUCAUGAUCUGCCAGAACUCUGCAGCUUCUACCACGAGCGCCACACAUCAUGCAAAGAAAGCCAUGAACAAUCAGGCCGGAAGGAUGAGGACAGUCUCCACCAUCAAAUUCAGCCAUCGCUAUUUUGGGUUGAGCAGGUUUCAUUCCCCUCCUUGGAGAAAUUGGCGAUUUCAAGUAUAGGCAAGUUAAAGAUGAUAUGGCAUGGGCAAGCUGCUCCAGAUGCUUUCAGCAAAUUGACAGAGAUUAAGGUGGAAAGAUGUAAUAAGCUAGAGCAUGUGUUCGAAUCCGAUAUGCUACAGUCUUUCGUGAACCUUGAAAAGCUGAGAAUUACAGACUGCUCUUCAUUAUCGGUCAUAUACGAUCUGCAAGGGCUCGUAGUGAACCCGGGAGUGGAAAAUGCUGCCACCACUGCCCAUCUGAAAGAAUUGGAACUGAAUGGGUUGAGGGAGUUAAAGCAUAUAUGGAACGGGGACCCCACAGGAAUCGUCAGCUUUCAGAACUUGUCCACUGUUGAUGUUACUGGAUGUGGAAGUCUCGCGUAUCUUUUCCCUGCCUCUCUGGCAGAAAGCCUUCUGAAGCUUGAGAAGCUGUCGAUUAGGACAUCAAGCCAGCUAGAGGUGGUUGUUGCUGAUGAUGAAGUGGACAAAGUAUCCGAUGACCGGAAACUAAUCUUUCCACAACUGGAAGACCUCACACUCGAGAAAUUACAGGAACUCAAGAGCUUCCAUUCAGGUAGACAUAUUUUGCAGUUCCCCUUGCUGAAAAAAUUGACGGUUGAAGGGGUAGGCGACCUAGUGGAGCUCCUCGCUUCUGACUUUGGGAGUUUCUCAGUGCCAUCUGAAAAAGGUUCUCCAGCACUCCAACAACCUCUGUUCUUAGUUGAUAAGGUUUCAUUCCCUCGGUUGGAGGAAUUAAGUAUUACAGGCAUGAAGAACUUAGCAACGAUAUGGCACGGUCAAAUGACUGAAGGAUAUUAUUUCACCAAACUUAAAGAGAUCAUUGUAAAAGGCUGUGAUGCCCUGGUUACCAUAUUCCCACCCAACACGGUGCAUGCAUUACGGAAACUCGAGAAGCUGCAUGUAAUAUCUUGUCCUUCAUUGAGGGUCAUCUACCAUAUGCAAGGGCUCACCCAGGACAGAGUGGAAUAUUCUGGUCAGGUUGUUGUUGGGGCUCAGCUGAAAGAAUUGCUUCUUCAGGAAUUACCAAAAUUGGAGCACAUCUGGAAUAUUGCAGAUCCUGGAAGGAUUCUCAGCUUUCACAACCUGGACUCGGUCAAAGUUGAGAAAUGCGAGACUCUCAAGUAUGUCUUCCCUCCCUCUGUGGCGAAGGUUCUUUACAACCUUAAUGAGUUGUGGAUAGAGAAUAAUCGGGGGCUAGAGGAGAUUGUUGCAGCAGCAGUUGAGAAAGUGGAAAUAGCUGCAGGUACCUCGGAAUUUGUAUUUCCUCGAGCUACAAGUCUGAAGCUCUCUGGACUCCUGGGGCUCAAAAGUUUCUGCCAAAGGCGGCAUAUCUCCAAAUGGCCCUCGUUGGAAGAAUUGGAGAUCACAAGCUGCGAUCGCAUCCAGAACUUGUUCUGUCAUAUUGAUUUUUUCCAAGAAGCAGCCGGUAACAGUAAUGAUGUGGGAUCUCCUCCUCAGCAAACCCUCUUCUUCGUAGAUAAGGUUUCCUUCCUUUGCUUGGAGAGAUUGAAGGUUUCAUCCAUGAACAGCCUGACAACAAUAUGGCACUCUCAAGUCGAUGCGGAUUCUCUCAGCGAACUUAUAGAAAUCACGGUAGAAGGAUGUGAUAAACUGGUAACCUUGUUCCGCCCCGGCACAGCACGCUUGUUUCAAAACCUUGAGGUUCUAAAUAUAAGAAGAUGCAGGGCGUUGGAAGUGGUGUAUGAAAUAGAGGAGAAUGCCGGUUCUCAUCUUCCUGGCUUGGUAGCGGUCACCAAACUGAAAAAGCUGUCUCUCACUGAUUUGGCGAAUUUGCAGCACAUAUGGAGAAUGGACCCGAGAGGGAUCCUCAGAUUUCAGAAUUUAAGCUCAGUCUCAGUUAUGGGAUGCAGCAGCCUUGGGUAUCUCUUCCAUGCCUCUGUGGCAAAAGCCCUCGUCCAGCUUGUUGAGCUGGAGGUGAAAGAUUCGAGCCUAGAGGUAAUUGUUGCAGAAGAUAAAGGCGUGCCACCUGCCAGUACCCUGGAAUUUGUUUUCCCUCGAGCUACCAAGCUGGAGCUCUCAGACCUGCCGCAGCUCAAAAGCUUCUACCCAGGCAAAUAUAUUUCUCGAUGGCCCUCACUGAGAGAGUUGAUGAUCUUUAAGAGCAACAAGGUUGAGAUAUUUGCUUUCGACUCGAAGAAAUCCCGAGCAAUAACCAGGACUGGCAAUCAAGCUGAACAACCCCUGUUCUUGGUUGACAAGGGAACAUUUUCCAUUGGAGAAACACUGCAUAUGCAACACAAUGAUAACAUGAAACAGAUCAUAUGGAGUGGGCGCAACCAUCCCAAGCUGACAUGCUUCUCAUCAGGGGUCCACUUCCAUUUCACGAACCUCACGGCUCUGAAAGUUGAGAAUUGCCGCUCUUUGAAGAACAUACUCAACCCAAACAUGGUGUCGGAACUCCCUUGGCUUGCAACACUAGAAAUUAGGGACUGUGCAAUGCUGGAGGCAGUGAUUGUAGGAGAGAAGAAAGCGAGAAGACGUAACAUCAGGCUGGGAAAGUUGAGAUAUAUAACUCUAGAGUCCUUGCCCAAGUUGGUUAGCUUCUGCCCUCGCGGUUGCUUAUUUGAAUGUCCAUCUUUGAAGGGCAUGACCCUAAAAAACUGUCCUGAAAUGAGGACAUUCACUUCUCCACACCUGAAAGAGAAAGCAUUGAAUGCGAUGGGUGAAAACAGCAAAGAAUCAUACUCAAGUAGUGGUGAUAUUGACAUACGUCGAGAACCCUUCUUCAGUGAAAAGGUUUCAUUCCCUCAAUUGGAGAAAUUAAGAAUAUCAGGCAUGAAAAAUUUAAGAACGAUAUGGCGUGGUCAAAUAACUCGAGAUUGUUUCAGCGAACUUCAAAAUAUCACAGUAGAAGGUUGUGAUUCACUGGUUACAAUAUUCCCACCCUGCAUGGUCUGUGCAUUAUGGAAACUCGAGAGGCUGAAUUUAAAAUCUUGUUCUUCAUUGGAAGUCAUCUAUGAUAUGCAAGGGCUCGCUCAGGACGACAUGGAAUAUUCUGAUCACGUAAUUGUUGGGACCCAGCUGAAAAAAUUGUGCCUUAGUGGUUUACCAAAAUUGGAGAACAUCUGGAAAAUUGCAGAUCCGGGAAGGGUUCUUAGCUUUCACAACCUGGACUCGGUUAAAGUUGAGAAAUGCGAUAGUCUCAGGUAUCUCUUCCCUCCCUCUGUGGCGAGGGUUCUUUAUAACCUCGAUGACCUGGUGAUAGAGGAUAAUAUAGGGCUAGAGGGAAUAGUUGUAGCAGCAGUCGAUGAGGAAGUGGAAACAGCAGCAGGUACCCUGGAAUUUGUAUUUCCUCGAGCUACACAUCUGAGGCUCUGGGGACUCCCGGGGCUCAAGAGUUUCUACCAAAGGCGGCAUAUCUCCAAAUGGCCCUCGUUGGAAAAAUUGCAGAUCAAUCACUGCGACAGCAUCCAGAACUUGUUCUCUGAAAUCGACUUGCUCCAAGAUGCACCCGGUAAUGGUGUGGGUUUUCCUAAUUCUCAACAAACAGGCCUCUUCUUGGUAGAUAAGGUUUCAUUUCCUCAAUUGGAGGAAUUAACAGUUUCUGGCAUGAAGAAUUUAGGAACGAUAUGGCGCAGUCGAAUAACUGGGGAUUGUUUCAGCAAACUUAAAGAAAUCACAGUAGAAGGAUGUGAUGCACUGGUUACCAUAUUCCCACCCAACACGGUGCGUGCAUUAUGGAAACUCGAGAAGCUGAAGUUAGAAUCUUGUUCUUCAUUGGAAGUCAUCUACGAUAUGCAAGGGCUCACUGAUGGCAGCUUGGAAUAUUCUGAUCACGUUCUUGUUGGGACCCAACUGAAAAAAUUGCACCUUAGUGGUUUACCAAAAUUGGAGCACAUCUGGAAUACUACAGAUUCGGGAAGGAUUCUCAACUUUAACAACCUAUACUCGGUUGAAGUAAAGAAAUGCGAGAGUCUCAAGAAUCUCUUCCCUCCCUCUAUAGCGAAGGUUAUUUACAACAUUAGUGAGCUGGUGAUAGAAGAUAAUAGAGGGCUAGAGGAGAUAGUCGCAGCAGCGGUUGAUGAGGAAGUGGAAACAGCUAUAGGUACCCCGGAAUUUGUAUUUCCUCGAGCUACACGUCUGCGGCUCUGUGGACUCCCGGGGCUCAAGAGUUUCUGCCAAAGGGGGCAUAUCUCCAAAUGGCCCCGGUUGGAAAAAUUGGAGAUCAAAAGCUGUGACUUCAUCCAGAACUUGUUCUGUCGUAUCGAUUUUUUCCAAGAUGCAAUCGGUAAUGGUAAUGGUGUGGUUUCUCCUCCUCAACAAAUCCUCUUCUUUGUAGAUAAGGUUUCAUUCCCUCGAUUGGAGGAAUUAACAAUUUCAGGCAUGAAGAAUUUAGGAACGAUAUGGCACACUCGAAUAACUGGAGAUUGUUUCAACAAACUUAGAGAAAUCACAGUGGAAGGCUGUGAUGCACUGGUUACCAUGUUCCCACCCAACAUGGUGCAUGAAUUAUGGAAACUCGAAAAGAUGAAGUUAGAAUCUUGUUCUUCAUUGGAAGUCAUCUACGAUAUGCAAAGGCUCACAGAGGGCAGCAUAGAAUAUUCUGAUCAUGUUGUUGUUGGUAGCAAGCUGAAGGAAUUACACCUUAGCAAUUUACGAAAAUUAGAGCACGUCUGGAGUAUUGCAGAUUCAGGAAGGAUUCUCAGCUUCCAUGACCUGGACUCGGUUGAAGUUAAGAAAUGCGGGAGUCUCAAGUAUCUCUUCCCUCCCUCUGUGGCGAAGGUUCUUUACAGCCUCAGCAAGUUGGUGAUAGAGGAUAAUAGACGGCUAGAGGAUAUAGUCACAGCAACUGUUAAUGAGGAAGUGGAAACAGCAGCAGAUACUUUGGAAUUUGUAUUUCCUCGAGCUACACAUCUGAGGCUUUGUGGACUCCCGGGACUCAAGAGUUUCUACCAAAGGCGGCAUAUCUCCAAAUGGCCCUCGCUGGAAAAAUUGCAGAUCAAUCACUGUGACAGCAUCCAGAACUUGUUCUCUGAAAUCGACUUGUUCCAAGAUGCACCUGGUAACGGUGUUGGUUCUCCUAAUUCUCAACAAACAGGCCUCUUCUUGGUAGAUAAGGUUUCAUUCCCUCGAUUGGAGGAAUUAACGAUUUCAGGCAUGAAGAAUUUAGGGACGAUAUGGCCCAAUCAAAUAACUGGAGAUUGUUUCAGCAGACUUAAAGGAAUCACAGUAGAAGGCUGUGAUGCACUGGUUACCAUAUUCCCACCCAACAUUGUGCGUGCAUUAUGGAAACUCGAGAAGCUGAAGUUAGAAUCUUGUUCUUCAUUGGAAGUCAUCUACGAUAUCCAAGGGCUCAUUGAGGCCAACAUGGAAUAUUCUGAUCACGUUGCUGCUGGGAGCAAGCUGAAAGAAUUGCGCCUUAAUGGUUUACGAAAAUUGGAGCACAUCUGGAAUACUGCAGAUCCUGGAAGGAUUCUUAGCUUUCACAACCUGGACUCGGUUGAAGUUGAGGCAUGCGAGAGUCUCGUGUAUCUCUUCCCUCCCUCUGUGGCGAAGGUUCUUUACAACCUCAGUAAACUGGUGAUAGAGGAUAAUAGAGGGCUAGAGGAGAUAGUCACAGCAGCAGCUGAUGAGGCAGUGGAAACAGCUGCAGGUACCCUGGAAUUUAUAUUUCCUCGAGCUACACAUCUGAGGCUCUGUGGACUCCCGGGACUCAAGAGUUUCUGCCAAAGGCGGCAUAUCUCCAAAUGGCCCUCGUUGAAAACAUUGCAGAUCAAUCGCUGUGACAGCAUCCAGAACUUGUUCUGUGAAAUCAACUUGUUCCGAGAUGCACCUGGUAACAGUAAUGGUGUGGGUUCUCCUUCUCAUCGAACCCUCUUCUUGGUAGAUAAGGUUUCCUUCCUUUACUUGGAGAGCUUGGAGAUUUCAGAGAUGAACAGACUGGUGACCUUGUUCCCCUCUGGCACAGCGUGCUCGUUUCAAAACCUUGAGGUUCUGAAGAUAGGAACUUGCAGUGCAUUGGAAGUGGUGUAUGAAAUAGAGGAGAAUGCAGGUUCUGAUCUUUCUGUCACCAAACUGAAAAAGCUUUCUCUCACUGAUUUGGCGAAUUUGCAGCACAUAUGGAGAAGGGACCCGAGAGGGAUCCUCAGCUUUCAGAAUUUGAGCUCAGUCACAGUUAUGGGAUGCAGCAGCCUCGGGUAUCUCUUCCAUGCCUCUGUGGCAAAAGCCCUCGUCCAGCUUGUUGAGCUGGAGGUAAGAGAUUCAAGCCUCGAGGUAGUUGCUGCGGAAGAUAAAGGCGUGCCACCCGCUAGUGUCCUGGAAUUUGUUUUCCCUCGAGCUACCAAGCUGGAGCUCUCAGACCUGCCGCAGCUCAAAAGUUUCUACCCAGGCAAAUAUAUUUCUCGAUGGCCCUCGCUGAGAGAGUUGAUGAUCUCCAAGAGCAGCAAGGUUGAGAUAUUUGCUUUCGACUCGAAGAAAUCCCAAGCAGUAACCAGGAAUGGCAAUCAAGCUGAACAACCCCUGCUCUUGGUUGACAAGGGAACAUUUUCCAAUGUGGAAACCCUGCAUAUGCAACACAACGAUAACAUGAGACAGAUCAUAUGGAGUGGGCGACACCGUCCCAAUCUGACAUGCUUCUCAUCAGGGGUCCACUUCCACUUCGCGAACCUCACGACUCUGAAAGUUGAGAAUUGUCACUCUUUGGAGAACAUACUUACCCCAAACAUGGUGUCGGAACUCCCUUGGCUUGGAACCCUUGAAAUUAGGGACUGCAGGAUGCUGGAGGCAGUGAUUGUAGGAGAGAAGAAAGCGAGAAGACGUAACAUCAGGCUUGAAAAGUUGAGAUAUAUAACUCUAGAGUCCUUGCCCAAGUUGGUUAGCUUCUUUCCACAUAGUUGCUUAUUUGAAUGUCCAUCUUUGAUGAACAUGACCAUAAAAAACUGUCCUGAAAUGAGGACAUUCCUCACUUCUCCAUGCCCGAAAGAGAAAUUGUCCAAUCCGGUGGGUGAAAGAAGCAAAAGAGCGUGCGAGGAUAGUGGUGACAUUAACAUCCCUCAAGAACCCUUCUUCUGUGAAAAGGUUCUGUUCCCUAGCUUGCAAAUAUUGGUGCUUUCCCACAUGGAGAGCUUGAGCAUCAUAUGGCAUGACCUACUUGCAGAGAAGUCGUUUGAUCAACUGAGGGAUGUCAAGAUCGAUCAUUGCAAAAAGCUGAUGAGAAUAUUUCCGCCCAAAACCACCCUUGAAAGAUUCAGGAAUCUGGAGAAGCUGCGUAUAGCUUAUUGUGAUUCAUUGGAAGGGGUGUUUGACAUUGCCGGGCGGUGCCAUGAUCCUGUAAUAAAGAUGUCGUUGAGAGCACUGUGUCUGUCUAAUUUGCCAAAGCUACUGAGUAUGUGCAAUGCAGAUAUUGGUGGAACCAUCAGCUUUGACGACCUGAAGCCCGUGCAAGUUAUUGCAUGUCCAAAACUUGAAAUUUCUAGGGGGAUUGCCUUUACACUAGAAGAAAGUCAGGAUCUAGAAGAAAGUUUAGAUGCAGACUACUCUAGCGACUGAAAGUCAGGAUAUUGAUGGCAGUGUCAGCUUUGAAGACCUGAAGCCAGAGCUAGUUAUUGAAUGCCCAAAUCUCAAAAAAUUUUGGGGAUUGGCUUCGUUACUGAAUGAUGCAAAAGAAGGAGAUGAAGUAUAAUUGUCGCUCAUACUUCUACAUUCUUGCAGCUUUAGGAAAGAUGUCUAUUUAUCUGGUUGUGAUGAAGGAACAUUUUGCUCUGGUCAACACAUACAUAAUUUGUUCAAUUUCUUCGUUGCUGUCAGACCUAUUGUUGCGAGACCUCACUCGCAAUUACACUUAACUACCAUUACCUCCUGCAUUGUCAAUUUCUCGCAUACUGAACAUGUAUCUAUAUGUUAUAUACAGUGGCAUAUGGAUACAUUUUGUUAGUCA